AUUUCCUUGGAGGUAGAGUGUAGAGCAGAAGCGAUCUGAUGAUUUAGUUGCAGACAUGAUAAUGGGUUCCGCUGUUAAAUCACAUAACAGAGUAGAGACUGUGACCUGAGCAGGACUUUUGCUCUUCCUUUUUUUCUUCCAAUUCCAAUUCCUAUUUCCGUAUUGCACGCUGACUCACUCGCCAUAACACAAACCCCACUCUCUGUUCGCGUUAGCCCCCCAAUGUCGCUUCCAAUUCUCCCAUUCUGAAACCCCAUCUUUGAUCUGUUUUCUCCUCUCCAUCGGAAAUCCGCAAUCUCCCCUGAUGGGGCACUUUUCCCGGAUUUACUCCUACACUUCUUGUUUCCAGAGGCCCAACGAUGGGCUUUCCGCUAACUCGGCGGCAAUGAGAAAUGGGUCGGCCUCAACUUCCGCAUUGGUGCUGGAUUGCGAGAAGGAUGAGCUCGUGGAAGCCCCAUUGAAGCUGGAGAGUAAAGGGGUUCCGGCUGAGAGGAGCGCCGCCGCGCUCAAGAACCACAGCGAGGCCGAGAGGAGGCGCAGGGCCAGGAUCAAUGGCCAUCUCGGCAGUCUUCGGAGCCUCCUGCCCGGUGGGAAGAAGAUGGAUAAAGCAACACUGCUUGCAGAAGUAAUCAGCCAUUUGAAAGUGCUGAAAAGAGCUGCAGCAGAAGUUAGUGAAGUUCAUAUCAUACCGAAAGAAAUCGACGAAAUCACAGUUGAACAACAGGAGGAUGGACUAGAUGGAGUGGCGUAUUCGAUUAGAGCGUCGCUUUGUUGUGAUUAUAAACCCGGCCUCCUGCCCGAUUUGAGACGCGCACUCCAUGCUCUUGACCUGAUCAUAAAGAGGGCAGAGAUUGCAACCUUAAACGGCAGAAUGAAAAAUGUGUUUGUGUUAACCAGCUGCAAAGAAGGAAGCAUUGAAACUAGUGAAUUGCGGCGGUUCCUGGAGAGCUCCGUGCACCAGGCCAUCCAAUCUGUACUGAACAACUUCUCCGAUCCGCAAGAGUUAUCGUUUAUGACAUUUUCGAACAAGAGACGGCGAGUUUCGGUUUUCAAUUCCUCGAGCUCAUCUUCCAUUGGUGAUUUCUGGUGAGCGAAUGCUGCCAUUUGUGCUGAUUGCUGGUUUUUCCAUCUUUGAGAAGAUUAUAGCAUAUGUCCAUAAGAUUCAAGAAACAGUCUGUCUGGUUAAAAGUGAGUGAUGACCCAUAAUCCUUCUACUAGAACAGUACAAGGAUAUACCAUUUAUACUACUGAUAUGUUUGUGCCAGUAUUUUCGAAUUCACUUGCGUCGACAUUGUAUCUUUUAAUAGUGUAUAAAUAUAAAUUAAAAGUUAGUAACCGA